AUGACUAGUAACGAUGUGGGUGAUCAUGCAAAAAGUGGUCAGGUGCAGGAAAGAUAUCGGGCUAUAGAAGCUGACACUUAUCAGCAUCCUGCACCGUCAACGGUAGCCACAAGGCGGAAUCAAUUAAUAAAACAGUCAACAAUGAAUCAAAAAUCUUUUAUAUUGUAUGCUCAACGCUUUACAUCUACUCCAAAACAAUGUUUUAAUAAGCAACAAGCACCGCCGUUAACAUCGACUCCAAUUAGAAAGUGUGAAAAAACAAGAAAAUCAACUCAUCCUUAUCGAUCUAGAAAAUUAUCAAAACGAAUUGACCUAGCUCGUCUGUUACAUUUAAAUAUUCCUGAACAUAUUCGUAUUAAGCAGCAGAGACAACGAAAAAAAUACUAUUCAACAAAAAUUAAAAUAUGGAUUGUAUAA